AUGGGCGAGCAUAAUCUCCUUAAUCCGGGGUUUGUGGGACCUUUGGUAAACAUCCACACUGGAGACACCUUUUAUUUUCCCAAUUUUCGAGCCUCGGGGGGACAACUGGCGGGGCUGCCGUCUCUCUCCUACCCGAGGAGGGACAACGUUUGCUCCCUCCCGUGGAAUCCUUCGGAGCCGUGCAAUGGAUACUCCCAGUCCUACUUCAGCAGCCCGGUGUCCAUUAACCCCUCCUUCAACCGAUCGUGUGAGAUCAGCAGAGCCGAGGAGGCCAAGUGUUACUACGGCAACGGAGCCAGGGAGGCGUGCAGCGGCGGCGGCGGCGGCGGCGGCUCAGGUGGCCUGAAGCGGGAGGACAGCAGGGCGAGGGACACAUCCUCCUCAUCCCUCGCAUCCGAUCACGGGAUGCACGCCGGGAUUGGCCCCGCGGCCGCCUCCGCCGCCACAGCCGCGGCCGCCUUCUCCAAAUACGAGUACGGCAGCGAGCAGUUGACGCAGGACCCUCCGUCCUGUCAAUCCAUGGAGUCCGACUCCAGCUCGUCAUUGCUCAAUGAGAACAGCAAGCCUCCAUCCAGCGACACGCAGAGCCUGGUGUCCCCGGGAAGCCAUGCGAACAACAUAGCCGCAGGCGGAGGUGCCCCGUGGUACCCGAUGCACACCCGGACCAGGAAGAAGCGCAAGCCCUAUUCCAAACUUCAGCUGGCCGAGCUGGAGGGCGAAUUCAUGCUGAACGAGUUCAUCACCAGGCAGCGGCGGAGGGAGCUCUCGGACCGGCUCAACCUCAGCGACCAGCAGGUCAAGAUCUGGUUCCAGAACCGCAGGAUGAAGAAGAAGAGACUCAUGCUGAGGGAGCAAGCUCUGGCCUACUUUUAG